CUAGCUAAUCCCACAUCGUCUAGUUACACGAAGCUAUCUAUGUUUAUAAGCAAGAGCGAGAGUACAAGGCUUGUCCCUUCGGGGACAUCCGAUAAAAUUGGAACGAUACAGAGAAGAUUAGCAUGGCCCCUGCGCAAGGAUGACACGCAUAAAUCGAGAAAUGGUCCAAAUUUUUUUCUUUACCCAAAAUUUCCCAAACCCAUUUGUGAAUUCUUCCAUGGCUUCGUUCUUUUACACUUUCUCCAUCUUCACAUACGUUUUGGAGUCUUUCUCAACAGUGCAAUGCCUCCAUGUAGUCAACAACUGUUACAACCCUACAAGCUUACAGCAUACAUCAAGCCCUAACCAUGUGGAGUAAAAAAAAAGGCACCUGUGUAGGCAAUUGGUGGCCCAUUUGGUCUGAUGAGUGUGCACAUUACUGUUCAAUUAGUCGCUCUUGAUAUGCUCCAAACUCCAGGUGGAUGUGCCCCUUCCAUCCCGGCUCCAAACACCUUUUAAGAACAUUACCUGCCUGUGAUGUCCUUAAAAAGGGGAAAUCCUCAGAUACUUUAGAUGUUAAAGCAUUUCCAGCAUUAAGGAGCAAGGUUGAACUUAAUUAUGUAAGGUUAUGGUCCAGGUAAUUUCUGUUGGCUUUGAAAAUCUGGUUGAUUUUGCCACCCUGCCCUACUGGCCAUUUCCUAGCAAUGGGUGACUUUGCUAUGAAAGAGGAAUGACAGGAGAAGCACUGCAAGAGCCAUGGAAAGAGAGAGUGAACUGUUUAGACUUUUGAUUCCAUUGUUGCUUUGCACACGUAAACAUUGCUUUGAUGUAAAGCAGGGGAAUGAUAUAAUUUCCUAUUACCCAGAUGUCGUUGUUAUUUUAAAACCUAAUGAAAUGUGAUUAGAAUGAUAAACAUUAUUACACAAACGAGAACUGCCUUUGUGUUCUACACAUGUUUUUCCUGGCAAAGUUUAUGAGGAAACUUUUACUCAGAAUCGUCCAUGUGAACCGAACUAGCAUAAGUUGAGAACUUUUACUCAGAAUCGUCCAUGUGAACUGAACUAGCAUAAGUUGAGAACAGUAUUAGAUGGGCUGCUUAACUAGCAAGGGAGGAAUGAUGGCUUGUCGUGGUUUUUGAAGGUGACCCCAAACCUCCAUGGAUGUUAAUCAACCCAAUUUUACAUUGCAGGUGAUCUAUACAGAUGAGGAGAUUAGGAGGUUGAAAAAAGGAUCAACGAGGUUGGUUUCAACUUCAGUAUCUUGCGAGUUGGGUGCUUUGCCUUUCGUUAUGGUAAAUGCCAAAAGGCUGGAUUGUUGUAUAUAAUGUUUCUUUUGUAUCAUUCUUUUGUAAUUGCCUCCGGAAUAAUUCCUACAAAGGAUACCAUUUUGAGGUUCAACCCAGACAUUGACCCAGCUUGUCCACUAUGUGGUGAAUCUCCUCAAACUUCAGUCCAUAUCUUCAUCCACAGCCAAGCAGCCAGAGCACUAUGGUUUGGUAGUAAUUGGGGAUUCAACCCUCAUGAACUACAUCUCACGUCCACUUGACAACUCAUUGAUCUAUUGUUAUCCCCUAAUUCUACUGUUAUUCCUUCGGACAUUGAAAGGCAAGCUUUCCUAGUAUUCGAAUAACUAACUCUAGAAUGUAUUUUGGAGAUCAAGGAAUUUGGCUCUGUUUGAUAAAGUUGAGAUGAACAUCCAGAAAUCUCUAUGGCAGAUAAGAAGUAGAAUGAAAGAAUACAUGAGGACAGUCCCAGAAUCUUCUUUGUCAAUUCCUAAAUUAAGGGAUGUUAAGUGGUCAAGUCCACCAGAAGGCGCCUUAAAGAUCAACUGCGACACUGCAAUUGGCCAAGACAAAGCUUAUCUUGCUAUUGUUGCCAGAGACUGGAGAGGGACAUUGGUAUUACUAUGUCCAAAAGAGUGGAAAUCAACAUCCCUGUCCAAGCCGAAAAUGAAGCUAUCAGCUGGGCUGUACCCCAGCUAGUAAGCCAUAAUAUUCACAAGACCAUUGUAGAAAGUGAUGCCAAGUCAAAUUGCAAAGGGCCUAACAUUGCGCAGAAGGACUAUAGAGCUGUGGAAGUAACAGAGAAAAAGGAAGUUCCUGCGGCCAUGUGGGUAGUUUCAGCAGAGCCUAACUUUGAUCAAACUGAGAACAAAAUUUCAGCCAGUAAGGAGAUUAAAGGACCAGCAGAGGCAGUUGCAACAGCUAGAGAACCUCAUGAUUCCCCCAUGCCUAAGGAAGUCCGAAAGGAGUGGACUUGUGAUAUAUGUCAGCUAACUACUCAAAGUGAGAAAAACUUAAAAUUCACACCUUCAAGGAAAGAAACACAAGGCCGCUUACGAGGCAUUCAAAGCAAAGAACCAGCCAAACAUGGUCUCAGAUUCAACUGCAAAGAAAACUGAGCAGCCAGUUGAAGAGCUGUUAAAGAUUGUAUCCACCAAAGGAGUGAAGCAGAGAACUAUUACAAAUCAAGAAGAGAAACAGCAAGGCCAGCCAAAGAGUGUUUUGGCUUCAACUGCAAAGAAAUCUGAUCAGCUCAAAAAAGAGGAGCUAGAAAAGAGAGUUUCAACAAUGGACCAGAACAGAAGAAAGAAGUUGUUAGUGUGAAAGAAUCCACUUUAAGGUGCAACAUUUGUAAUAUAAGCUGCACCGGAGAAAACAACUUAGUUUCUCACUUUAAUGGGAGGAAGCACUUGGCUCAGAUUCAGUUAGUGAACAAUUUUUUGGUGGACAUGCUGACCAAUUUUUGUGGUUCAUAUCACUGACACGAAACCGUUGCGCUUGUUAUGAACGUGAAGA